AUGGUCUUUCAAGUAUUACUUCUCAUGGUUGAGAAUGUCGAAAAGAGUUGUUUGCUGCUUGAGUCUUACCGAUACAGCCCGGAAGAGCUGGCAGGUCCGUUGGCUAGGCUUCUUUUCAGCUGGUUAAUACCUCUACUUCGACUUGGUUACGAUAUCAUUCUCUCUAUGGCAACCCUCACACCACUUUCUGAAGAUCUAAAAAGCCAACAGCUGGAACCGAAACUAGUUCGGUUCUUAACCGAUGCGAAAAGCUCAACCCUUUUGCGUGAACUAUUUCGGUUGCGUCGAGGCUUGCUACUACCCGUCAUUCCUCGCAUGCUUCUCUUAGGCUUUACACUCGCACAGCCCUUUUUGAUCUAUACAGCGGUUUCAUAUACAAGUAUCAACCACGACGAGAGAUCCAUCGAAGAAGGGAAUCUACUUGUCGCUGCAUUUGUUCUCACCUUUCUCGGUUAUGCGUACUUUUCAGUCUACUGUGCCCGGCUCUGCGGAUACAGGCUGCCUCUUAUGACUGUUGAUAUCGAGAAGGUUAUGCUCGGGUUCGAAGACUUCCAUGAACUUUGGGCCAGCAUAGCACAGAUUGCUAUAGCGAUCUAUGUACUCGCAUUACACAUGUCUUGGGCCUGUGUUGCUCCUUUCAUCGUUCCUAUAGCUUUUGUGGCUGCUACAGUGCCCGUCACACAAAAGAUUGGCACAGCGCAGGGUUCCUGGAACGCCGCCAUUGAAAAGCGCGUCAACUUGACUUCGGCCAUCCUCAGUAACCUAAAAGAAGUCCGAAUCUUAGGCAUCGGUAGCUAUACGAGCGGGCUCCUACAGCGCUUACGAGUUGACGAGAUUACGCCAUCUACCCACUUUCGCCGGCUCAUGGCAGGGAUCAUUGUGCUAUCCCAGGGAACAACUGUACUAGGGCCAUUAGUCACCUUUGCAUUUUAUGCAAUCAUUCUACGAAUCAAUGACGACUCGAAUUUCACGGCCUCGAAAGCUUUCACGUCACUCAGCCUUAUUAAUCUCAUUGCAGCUCCGAUCUCGGUACUCAUUCAGAGUCUUCCUAGCUUCGCUGCAGGUCUAUCAUCUUUAGCGCGCAUUGAGAGCUUUGUUUCUUCAAGGACUUUGUCUGAUCGACGGACUUUACAUGAAAAAAAGUCUUCUUUCACUGCAAAGUGCUUCUACUCAAGGGGUCCUGGAGCAGAUUUUUCCAUGCUAGGUCAAGAGCUUGGUGAAAUCAAGGCAUCAAAUCUUUGGUACAAGAGCAGCGGAAGAGAUUUUGGGAACAGCAUCGUGAUCAGGCAAGCGAAAUUCGGAUGGAAGCCUGAUAACUACAUCAUCAACACAGGUGAUUUCGAGAUUCAAGAGGGCGCCCUGACAGUCAUCAUGGGCCCUGUUGGCUGUGGCAAGAGCACUUUACUUUAUGGUCUACUCAACGAGAUACCUCACAGUACUGGGCAGAUUUGGCUGAAAUAUCGCAAUGUGUCACUCUGCGAACAGACACCUUGGCUCGUUAGUGGAUCUAUCCGCCAUAACAUCACCUGCGGCUCAGCCUUGGACGAAUCUUGGUAUGAUAAAGUUCUCGAUGCAUGUUCCUUAGUGCAUGACCUUGAUCAUCUCUCGGGCAGAGAUUUGCAUGAGGUUGGCAAUGAUGGAAGCAGCCUCAGUGGAGGGCAAAGGAAGCGUAUAGCACUUGCCCGUGCUAUCUACGCUCGAAACCCUGUUAUAUUUCUGGAUAAUCCUCUCAGCGGUGUUGAUCAUGGAACAGCAGCGCACAUCGCCCAGGCCCUGAUCGGGAAUGGAGGUUUACUCCGUACCGGCGGCAUAACUGUGUUAAUUGUCACCGAUUCUAGCGAUAUCACCCGUCAUGCCGAUAACGCCCUGGUUAUAGAUCAAGAAGGAUCCGUGACUAUGACUAGAGAAUCAACUAAUUUUGAUAGCCGUAUUAUGGUGGCUAAUUCUACAAAAGACGAUAUCGAGGACAUAAACGACAGGCAUAACCAAGGUCAAGCCGCAGAUAACACAUCUACAGGGCAGCACCUCGAACUCACCGCGGCAAAGGCAGACCUACGACGACCUACCGGCGAUUGGAGCCUCUACAGCUUCUAUACUCAUGCUACCGGCCGAUAUCACACAACAGUCUUUUUGUGCCUUUGCUUGUGUUGCGCGUUCUGCUAUCAGUUCUCGACCGUUUGGAUCCAGUGGUGGUCAGAUGCCACCAACUCCACGGGCAGAAAGUCGAACGGGUUCUACCUGGGCAUAUACGCUCUGCUAUGUGCUCUCGGACUAUCAACUUUAUACUUGGCUUGCUGGACAUCUAUGGUGACCAUGGUAACGCGAUCAGCCAUAAAGCUUCACCUGAUGGUCCUCACAACUGUUUUCAACGCCCAUGUGUCCUACUUUUCUACCAUCGACGACGGCGUCACGUUGAACCGAUUCAACCAGGAUAUGCAGCUUGCAGACUACACCUUACCACUAGCUGUUGUCAACACGUUCCUCUUUGCGUCUAUCUGCCUUGUACAAGCUGCUGUCAUAUCAGCAACGGCAAAUUAUAUGGCUGCGGCGAUACCCUUCUGUCUGGUAGUGAUAUACUUCAUUCAGCGCUUCUACCUCCGCACGUCACGCCAGCUUCGUUUACUGGACAUUGAAGCAAAGGCGCCGUUGUACACCAACUUCAAGGAGACAAUUCUGGGUAUGAAUACGAUACGUGCCUAUGGCGGAGAAUUCGGAUCUUUUCUCAAGGAGAAACAUGUAAAGGUCUUGGAUGACUCACAACAACCUAUCUACCUCUUGUAUACUGUCCAGAGGUGGUUGUCCCUAGUACUUGAUCUUGUGGUUACCUGUCUAGCUACACUUCUCGUCGUUGUGGCUGUUCAGACGAGAUCCGGUACCUCAGGUUCUGAUAUGGGUGUGGCUUUAGUCAAUCUGACGUCUUUCAACCAAUACCUCACCAUGUUGAUCCGCUACUGGGCUUCAAUGGAAACGUCGCUGGGCGCUAUCGCUCGAAUCAAGGACUUUUCUCACGAAACGCCUGUCGCCAACGGCUGCGGCCAUGUGCCCCAGCCAGACUAUGACGGCGAUCAGAGCAUUGUAUUUGAAGACGUCUCUGUCGUCUAUAGGAAGCCUAAAACAUCGCUUGAAAACGCCGAAGACAGCUCAGAAGACACGAGUGAUCUAAACCUCAAUCAUCAAGCGCUUGACUCUAUCAAUCUAACGAUACGAUCUGGAACGAAGCUGGCUAUAACUGGACGCUCGGGAAGCGGUAAAUCAACUCUGGUCUCUAGUCUUUUCCGCAUACUACCAUUGUCCUCCGGAAAAAUAUCCAUUGGAGGUAUGGACGUUAUGCAGGUUGACCAGCAGGCGACCCAAGACCGCCUCAAUGCAAUCACGCAAAGCAACUUCUUCCUUUCGGGAAUUUCCUUGAGAGAGAAUCUUGAUCCAUCGGGAUCAUCCGGAGAAGAAGGUGAAGGAUCUGCGAUGGCGAUGGCAGAGGUUAUGAGGGAGGUUCUGGAUAGCUUGGGAAUUUGGUCGCAGGUGGAAGAACAGGGCGGGCUAGAAGGCUUGUUUUCCCAAAGCUCAUGGUCUGUUGGUCAGCUACAGCUAUUGAGUGUGGCUCGUGCUAUCGUCAAGAAAAGGCGAGCACAGUCCCAUCCGGGCUCAGGCUGGAAGAUACUUGUUCUGGAUGAGGUUACAAGCAGUCUUGACGAAGCUUCGGCCGGAUUGGUACGCGAUCGUAUCAAAGUUGAGUUCGAAGACUACACUAUUUUGUCCAUCGUUCACAAGUUUGAUGGUGUGCUCGAGGAUAUGGACGAGAUGGUUAUCAUGGAUCAGGGAAGGGUGACUCGGCGCGGCUCCCCCCGAGAGCUCUUGCAGGCAAUGUAGAUAUAGAAAGACACUCUGUAGUGAGCUGCAGUCCUAGAGGCAGCAUCUCAUGAGUUGUCGUCCAGGGAAAUUCGGGACGACAGUAGUUGAUGCUGAGAAUCUGCGUUAAAAUUAGAUAGGGGUCAGGCAUCACGUUAAUGAUGGUUCUUACCUCGAUGCUAUUGAUCCUGUGUCAACUGAAAGCACCAAUGCUUUGUAUAUGCAGUUGAGAAAACAUGACGCAAAUCAGGUGAUAAAAUGUGCGC